AACAACAACAACAACAAAAAGAAAGAGAGAAAUAAGGAACACCUGUCGAGGCAACGUCGACGCAUCAAACCGAGCUGGACAUGACUUCUGGAGGUUUGGGACUUACCGAGGGCCUGGGGCGAGACAUUAGCCAGGAGGAACUGGACUUUUCCGACCUGUUUCUAUACAAUCAGCCAGGAGAUGAUUUUGCUGCUGAUUGCAUUAAAGAUGAUCCGGGAGCCCUUGCUCAGAGUGAAAGUCAGCCUCCUCUGCUGGUGGUUGACCACCCUGCCGAGUACAUCUCUGUCUCCGCCCAGCCCACCUCCAGCCUGAGCCCCUCCUCUCACGGCCCCGGCUCAGAAAGCCUGGCUGAGGCCGUGUUUGACUCCCUCGGGCUGACGUCAAAGACGGGCCACAUGCCUGCCCCCAGCCCCAGGAUUGAGAUCACUCCGUCGGGCGACUCUCUGAGCUCCCAGAACCACGAGCUGAGUCCCGGCUCCAAAGCUCUGGGCGCCUACAGGGACUGCGUCAGCCCCGCCAGCAGUAACUCCUCCACGGGAUGGCAGGCGGAGGGGUACUCCCCCCAGAACUCGCCAUGCGUCUCUCCUCCCAACGGCUAUGGUGUCUCGAUGCCCGCCCUGGACCUCUGCCCCGGCCUGCAGAGCAUCCACACGUUCUCGGCGAGCUCCUCCCCCGGAGCCUCGCCUCAGAACAGCGUGACGGACGAGACUUUCCUCCAGCCGCACCCCCAGUGCUCCCCCUCCCCGCUCCCCCACCAGCGCUCCCGCUCCACCUCGCCGCAGGGAAAGCGCUCCUUCGACCCGGCCCACUCCUGUCACGGGGGCACCCCGGUCAAGCAGCGCUCCCGCAGCCCCAGCCCCAUCCCGUCGCCGCACGAGCAGCAGAGGCAGUACUACGUGCACCAGUACCACCAGAGCCAGGCCGAGUUCCAGCCCAGAGCCCAGCCGCCGCCGCCGGCGCCGGGCCUGGAGGAGGUGCUGAACAGCCUCGGCUCCAGUCUGCCCAGACCGGUGCCCGCGGUGAUGAGAGGUCCUCACGUGCCAGCCGUAAGGCCGGACUGUGCAUACGGAGAGGGCUACGACUGGAGCGGUAACCAGGAGAGGGUGGGCAGGGCCGGAGCUGAGGUCAAAUCCGAGACCAUCUACAUGCUCCCAGCCGUGUGGCCUUCAACCCAAUCAGUCCAUCAAGCUGCAAGGCCGGCGUUCAGUGGUCUGGGUGUCACUCCACUUCCCUCCUUAGAGUGGCCAUUGCACGGUCAGUCAGGCCAGUACAAGCUCCUGAUCCAGCAGCAGCCCAGACCACACCACAGAGCUCACUAUGAGACCGAGGGCAGCCGGGGAGCUGUGAAAACACCUAACGGGGGCCAUCCUGAGGUUCAGCUCUGCGGGUACCAAGGCACGGCCGCGCUGGGGCUGCAGGUCUUCAUCGGAACGGCGGACGAGAAGCUCCUGAAACCUCACUCCUUCUACCAGGUCCACCGCAUCACCGGGAAGACCGUCACCACGCCCAGCAUGGAGACGGUCAUCAGUGGGACCAAGGUGUUGGAGAUCCCCUUGGAGCCCAAAAACCACAUGAGAGCAGUGAUUGACUGUGUCGGGAUCUUGAAGCUGAGAAACGCAGACAUCGAACUAAGGAAUGGCGAGACGGACAUUGGGCGGAAGAACACUCGUGUGCGGUUGGUGUUUCGUGUACAUGUUCCCCAACCUGGAGGCCAGCUCGUGUCUCUCCAAGUGGCUUCUGAACCCAUCGAGUGCUCGCAACGCUCAGCUCAGGAGCACCCUGCAGUCGAGCGGCAGGACCUGGACCGAUGCUCUGUGCACGGUGGUCAACAAAUGCUCCUCACAGGGCAGAAUUUCACAUCUGACUCCAAGGUGAUAUUCUCCGAGAAGACACAGGAUGGUCGGCAAAUCUGGGAGGUGGAGGCUUCUGUGGACAGAGACAAAACCCAAGCUAAUAUGCUGUUUGUUGAGGUUCCUCCAUACCGAGACUGUAACAUUUCCCAGCCGGCUAAAGUAAACUUCUACGUCAUUAAUGGGAAGAAGAAACGCAGUCAGCCUCAGCACUUCAUCUACACGCCUUUGAUAGCCAUUAAAGCAGAGCCACUGGAUGACUUUUUAUAUAGCUUCUCUGAAAAUCAGUCACAGUCUGGCUUGUCUAUGAAGGCCCUGUACCAUCACCUGGAACAGGACAACAACCCUCAAGCCCUGAACAUUUCAUCAACAAUGUACCAUCUAACCACCGUGGACCCCCGAGGCAUGGUAACCCCAGAAGCUCUGGAUGAGUCAGCAUAUUACCAGUCCCAAGCCUGCACUCUGAUUAACAACCCGGUGAUGUACCACACCGCAAACCAGCGCUACAGCAGCUGCAGCACAGGGUUCUCUUAUCCGUCUCAUACACCCUGCCACAGCGUUAGUGCCAGAGUGCCUGCGGCCAAAAUGGUCAGAAGUCCUCAAGCCGGGGAUUCCUUAGGGGCUUGUUCGAUGUCAAGACAUCAGAGUUAUGCACAGUCACCGCUGUCUCUGGGAAAGUCGCCCCCCACAAAAUACAUACAAGGGAAAGCUGGAAGUCACGUGGAGCCUGGCGUGCAGCUUCUGUCUCAGGUUGGAUCUGCCAGAGGAAUCCAUGAUGAUCAGGCACAAGAGAAAAUCACAAUCAAGCAAGAGAACAUGAGCUAUGCCUACCUGGAGGAUGUGAAUGACAUCAUCAGACGAGACAUGAAAGGACACAAUGAAGACUGAACCCGCUGCACUGCUGCAGAUCUGGAGACGCGCAUAUUUAAAGUUUACCCACUGAAUGUAAAGUCCCAGCCGACUUAGAAGAAUGAUGUCAUUUUAAACAUGGAAGGCUUGUUCUGGAAGUUGGGUGUCCCAAUUACAGUUGUGGCACAUUUCUUCAGAAAUGGGUUAAUUAAGCCAAAUAUUUUUGUCUUUUCGUAAGAUCAUUGUAUCGCACCUCUUACCUUGUAUCUAUUGUGUCCAUUUUUUAAAAACUGUUAUUACUGUUUCUUUCUGUUCGUUUUUUUCUGUUCAUAUAACUGUACAAUUGUUCUCCAUAAGUAUGAAGAAAAUAUUUUUUACGAAAUAAAUUCAGUUUAAGUCUCUGCGAGAAAUGUGACUAUAUUUAAUGUAAAAAUGGACUGAAGAAUGAUUUUCUAAUGAAGAUUCCUAAUACACAACUGUCCAUUUCUAACUCAAGAAAUAUUUCAAAUAUGUUGUGUAUAAACUGUGUUUUUCAAACCUAAUUUUGAAAAUAAUAAAAGAUUUACCUGAAAUUACAAGAAUAUGUUUCAUAAACUAUUAGUCUUAGUGAAAGUAAGCCCUGCGUGCAAAGUGUAUUAUCAAAUAUUUAUAAGUACAAAAAUAUCCUUGAUUCAUGAGUCUCACAAGGAAAAACUGUUCAAAUUAAUUAAAAAUGUAUUUUAAAAGAUGUGCU